AGCCGAUAAUGAGGAACUAAACUUUGCUUUCGCUAACAUCCGCCGUCCAUUAUCACGACUCCACUCCCCCGCCCUUCCCCCUCCUCUCGGCGCGGCGGGUAGGGCUAGGGCUAGGGCUAGGGCUAGGGCUAGGGCUAGGGUUAGGGUUAGGGUUGGGGCUUCGCCCGGAGGGAGGGAGUGAAGGAAGAGAGAGAAGCAUCCAUGGCUCUCUCGGGGGGGGCUCUUCCCCUCCGUUUCUCUUCGUCUUCGUCGUAGUGAGCUUCGUAAGGUUCCACAACUCAUACCUGUACGCCGGUGGUGGAGUUGGUACUACCUGCAGCAGAUUGAAGAGUGCCGGAGAUGUCGAACCACGCAGCUGCGUCCCGCGGCGGGUCCACGGUUUCAAACCCUAACCCUAGCUACUACAACGCGGCGGCGAUCGCAAAGCCGCCGAGUACCAGCCCCUUCAAGGCCUCGUCCAAGGCGUCCACGGCGAGCGCCAGCAGUAAGAAGCGAGCGGAUGCGGCCUCGACCUUGGCGGCGCAGAAGAGCAGUGGCAAGGACGCCAAGUUGCCUCCAGAGAUCUCUGACACAGGCAGCGAGGAGACAGAUCUUAGUACUUCAGAAGGGGAUGAUUCAUCCUGGAUUUCUUGGUUUUGUGGCUUACGGGGAAAUGAGUUUCUUUGUGAAGUUGAUGAUGACUAUAUACAGGAUGAUUUCAAUUUAUGUGGACUUCAAGGACAAGUUAACUACUAUGAUUAUGCUUUGGACAUGAUUUUGGACAAUGACUCAUUGAAUGAUGAAGUUGAUGGCGAAGAGCAUAGUGAAGUUGAAUCUGCUGCAGAAUUAUUAUAUGGCCUUAUACAUGCCCGCUAUAUAUUAACCGGCAAGGGACUGAAUGCAAUGCAUGAGAAGUACAAGAGAGCAGAUUUUGGGCGCUGCCCAAGAGUUCAUUGUGGAGGCCAACCGUGCUUGCCAGUGGGUACGUCAGAUAUCCCACGGAAUGGCUCAGUAAAGAUCUACUGCCCGAAGUGUGAGGAUAUUUACUUACCAAGAUGCAAAUAUCAGAGCAAUAUGGAUGGUGCAUACAUAGGUACUACGUUCCCACACCUGUAUUUGAUGACCUAUCCUUCUACGAAACCUGCAAAGGCAGUCCAGAAAUAUGUGCCUAGGGUUUUUGGAUUCAAGUUGCAUAAAGAUUCUUAGUUUAUCACUACUUAUGUUGUGUAACAUUAUUAAGUUACCAUGAUGGUCAUUUCGGCCGCAGUGUGGUAAGGUAUCUCUCCCCGUGAUGUUUGCUGGAGAUCUUACCAGGUUAAUUGACUGAAGGAAGCCUCAACGUUCCAUGCGUAAAUUAUGAUGAGAGUUUCUGGAUUAAAGUCUUAUUACUGUUUUUUAAUGCACUGUUAUCUAAUUGAGAUGCCCAUUGAUGUCGUAUGUGAAUGUGAUCUAUGUUUGCAGAUCUCGAGUACUCUCUCUAUUUUAUCAAUUGAUUAUAGUAUUGAGCAAGAAAUCUACUGCCAGCUGGCAUCACAUGUAUCCCGAGAGAGAGAGAGAGAGAGAGAGAGGGAGAGAGAUCGCGAUGUAUCAAAUGUGAUUCUGUAGCCUUUCUUUUCUCUAUAAAAUUGAUAAUUUGUGUUGGAUUUUUGA